AUGAAGAAGUGUCCGGGAUACAUGGACCGYAAGGUAUUCGAAUUCGGAGUAGAAGAAUUGGGCCCAGGACCUGCAGCAUAUGGAGCCCGGACGACGGUGGGCCGCCGGAACCGGUUGCCUACCGUGGCCGGCGCACCAUCAUGCUCGAUGCAUCAGCGGCUGGACUUACACAACGAGACGGAAGGGCCAGGACCGGUAGUGUACAAUUUGGCACAGUUGACGUGUCGUGGCCGAGCGGUCGCACCACGGUACACCAUGGCCAAGAAACUGCCUUUGGACGGUGACUUGGACAACCCAGGGCCAGCGGCGUACAAGCCUAGAGUCCCGGUCAAGGGACCCGUGCUCAAAAUGCUAGCUCGGAUAAUUGACCAGGAUCCCAGAGCCGCCAACCCUGGAUCCAACGUUUACAAGUUGCCGUCAACACUGUCGAAGAAAAAAAUUACGCUGGCUAAAAAAAUUGAUGAAAUCGUAGACAUCAAAUCACCUGGGCCGGUGUAUCAAACUGUGCCUUUAWACAAAUACAAAAGCAAAGCGCCCCAAUACAGUCUAGCGAAGAAAUACGAAAAUCCUUUGUUGGUCAACGAGAUAAAGAGCCAAUCGCCGAGCCCACAGGCAUACAAUCCCCCGCUCAAGUACAAGUUCAAUGUUAUGCCUAAGUUUUCGUUUGGGAUGCGCCGUCCCGAUAAAUUUCCACCAUUAGUAGUGUGUGGCGACGAAGUUAAAAUACCAAAAUAA